AUGGCAGACCGGGACAUCUGUAAUAACGCAUAUAAUACUCCCUUACAGGAAUUUGUAAAAUCUCCGUCUUCAAAUAAUGAUGUGUCUCCGAUACAAUCUCGCACAGUCACAAUUCAGGAGAAACUGAAACAAGCAGCGACAAAUGACGUAACGCCUUCACGUUCCCGCAACGACAUAAAUGCUGACUCAAGUAAAACACGGAUUAAUAGUGCUAAUGGCGAAUCACCGAAACAAGAUGAAUUUAAAAAAACUGGUGGGGUGGAGAAAAAUGUGGAGGUAGAAAAAGCUGUAAGGAAAAAAACCGUGGACUUAUAUCCUUACAGAAUGUAUAACCCAUUUGCAAUGGAAUGGGUGAACGUAGUUGAUGAGUUGGAAUGGAUUCAUAGAAACAGUUAUAACGAAGACAAGAUGGUUUAUAAAAUACCGUUCGACUUAGGUAGUGGGGACCUGCGACUAACAUCUGUUAAUGAAACUAGAGUUGUAGUACAAAAUGCAAAAAACAAUAUACGCAAAGGCACAUAUAUUUGUGCUAGUAUCGAAACCAUCGAUGAGAAUGGCCGUAAACGAAACAGAGGAGGUGACUUCUUCACUGCUGGCAUGACGAAUGUUGGUUUAGGAAAGAGUACGGCUGGUCGUGUUGUUGAUCAUGGCAACGGCACAUACCAUGUGUAUUUCUAUGCAGCCUGGUCUGGCGAAGCAACAAUAGAUAUUGCGCUAACUUUUACAAGAGAGGCUAUCACUUAUAUUAAAGAUAUAAUGAAGAGAAAGGAAGAAGUUCUUGGAUUUGCUGCCAACUACAGCGAUGGUAAAAAUACAGAGGAGACCCGUUGUUCUCUCAUCAACGAAGGCGUGUGGACAAACAGAUGUGAAUACAUAAAUCCCAACUCUCUGGGGAAAACAGUGCUUGGUUGUAAAAAACUAGAUCGAUUCAGAUGUGACCAGAUUACCAACAUAUGGGCAGGUGUUGAAGGAUUAAACCGUGCUGCUAUAGAUGAAGUAAGAAAGGUUAAAUUUUUAUUUGAAGGAAAAUAUAGUACUGUGAAAUUAAAAGGAACUCCAAUAAAGCUAAAUAUAAUGGAUGCUCGAGUAAGUCCGCCGCAACUGCCGAUGUGCGGUCCCGAUCUACCUAUACCAUUAUCAGAUGGCUACUGGGAGAACAAUACCACUUUCGUUCCUCUUGUUUGUCAAAGUAAACAGUGGAAACCAGAAGAAAUUGACAAAUGCCUCGCUGACACAGAGAUCCUUGGUGUUGGCGACUCGACCCUUGGACCAUUAGCUUACGAAUUUAUAAAAUCACCAGAAAUGUGGAAGAAAAACUUUCAUUUUAUGACGCCGCGAAUUGCCGGUCCAAAAGUUCCGAUUAUGGAGACUGUAUUCGAAAGCGAUAUGAUUAAUAAUAUUACCAAAGCACAAUGUCAAUCCAAAACGCCGAUAGUGCUUCUAAAUUUCUGUUUCCACUACGCGUUGUGGUCUACCAGAGGAUACGUGGAACGUCUUGUGCGAGUAAAGCUGGCGGUGGAGCGACUUUUUCAAAGGUGUCCAAAUUCGAAAGUUCUACUAAAACUAGCACAUGCGCGGGAUAACCUGUAUAAGGCACAGAAUGUACAUAGCAACAACUGGAUAUUCUACGAUAUGAACAGAAUACAACGACGUAUAUUCGGUGGAACUGGCGUUCUUUUUCUCGACCCUUGGGAUUUAACGAAUUCAGCGUUUCAAGAAAACACUAUUCACAUGGGGCCUACGGUCCGACGCCAAGAGUCGUUUCUUGCGCUAUCAUAUUUAUGCCCAGAAAUGGCGAUGGUGCAAUAG